AUGACCAAUUUCAGCGUGUCUGCGAUGGAGGCAUCAAGAAACUCAGAUAAACAGGAAUUGUACUUCGUAGUCAUCACUUGUACACUGAUCGCAAUACUAAUUAUAUUGACGCUCCUCGGAAACACUUUAGUGAUGGUUGCGUUUUACCUCUGUAAAGAACUGCGUACAAUUACAAACUAUUUCCUUGUGUCGCUGUCUUUGGCUGAUUUGCUGACAGCUUUACUAGCAAUGCCAAUCUUUUUGGUUUCUCGAGUUACAUCGGAUGGUACUAUGUUCCCUGGGGGAGCCGUAUUCUACGAUGUUUGGCGAUCAAUAGAUAUCCUUUGUGGCACGGCAUCAAUAUGGAACCUGUGCUUGGUUAGUUUAGACAGAUUUCUUGCAGUCGCAUCCCCGCUUAAACACUUAGUGAUACUCACGCCAACUCGAGCUAAGGGAGUUAUUGUACUUGUUUGGGCAACCUCUCUCGGUCUCUCUGGAAUUCUCCACGUAAACUGGAACUACAAAGGAGUGUUUAUCACCAUUAUCAGCUUUUUCCUACCACUUAUAAUAAUCAUUUUUUCCUACGCCAAGAUUUACCAGGUCACCACAAGAACUUGCGUCUUACGGCGUAGUGGGGGUAUGCAACUUAAAAGAGAUAUUCGCUCGGCUAAACAAAUGGUUCUGGUUAUCGGAAUGUUUAUUCUAUGUUGGGUCGGGUUUUUUGUCUUGACACUUAUCCUUUCCACGAAACGAUCCACUUCUUCUUCGAUAAAUCCUGGCGUCUUGGACUUUGUUAAGUCUCUAACCUACCUGAACUCAUGUAUCAAUCCUCUUUUAUUUAUUAUGGUCAGUAGAACUUUUAAGAAAGCUAUUCUCGAUAUUCUUCGUUGUAGGAGACCACGUGUAACGCAGGAAAGAUGUAAGUUAUUUGGAAGAAGACAAAAACGUUUUGGGUCAUCUUUAGUUUCGUCGUUUUCAAGACGGUCGUCUGCUAGUUACAGACAAAAUUCAGACACUGCAGGGCCAUGUUGUCGAAAGGUUGUUACGUACGUUGAGAAAGAAACAUGUGUUUAG